GGGCUUACCAUUUACAGCCUUGUUCAGGCUGUGAACAUGGAGGAAGGACUCGGUCAUAAUCAAGCCUCGUUGCAACUACCACCACCAUCGACGACAUGCCUGUCGUCCAGUUCGCGCCUUUUGCAUCCCUUGUUCAGCCAGGUUUUUGGCAUGAGCUCACUCGCAUGAAGAUAGAUGUCCUUCGUCUCUCAGACGAGGCUGUUACCAUGACUGGAUCUUACUCUGUUGGUCGUUCAAUCAGAGAUCGCGAAACAGGGCAAGAUAUCGCUCUUGGAUGUAACCUCACAGUUGGGGAAGAUGCUUACCAGAAGGCACCCCAGUUGCCACCCAUGUCCGUCCCGGCCACUGGCAUCUUCAAGAACUACAACACUAUCGAGGAUUUCAAGGCCGCGGAUAAGGCCGCACUCGUUAAUGACAUCGUUUUCAAGAUCUGGGAUAGCAUCGUCACGAACAAAGACACGUCUCUCCUCACGCAGUUCUUACUAAUAACAUUCGCCGAUCUCAAGAAGUAUCAGUACUUCUACUGGUUCGCGUUCCCCGCGUUUGUAUCCAAACCAGCCUGGCAGAUUUCAGAAAAUGGCUGGAAGUCAGCGGACGAAGAGAUCGAGGGGAUGGAGUCUAUCCAUGACUCGCUUCUCAACUCAACUCAAGCCUUCUUCCUCGUGAAAGAGGUCGGCGGCAAAUCUGUGGUGGGGUCUAUAGAGCAGUAUGAAGAGUUCUUUACUAGUGUCACUCCCGAAAACCGAAUUAUCGGCUUUUUGGAUCCAUCUGCUCUUCCUGACAAUCCAGGUUGGCCUCUCCGUAACCUGCUCGCCUACCUUCGCGCGGUGUAUCCAUCGCAAACCUCUUCGGUCCGAGUUCUUUGCUGGAGGGACAGCGAAAAGCCCAUCGCCGGCAAACCAUGGAAGAGCCGAUUUGGAGUGGUCUCCAUUGGAGAAGGAGAUCCCACUGCGAAACCCAGUGCUAUAGGAUGGGAGCGCCAUCCGACAACUAACAAGCUUAGUGCUCGAGUCGCUGAUCUUGCACCCAUGAUGGAUCCGAAGAGGCUCGCUGAUCAAGCUGUAGACUUGAACUUGAAGUUGAUGCGCUGGCGGAUUCUGCCCUCCCUAGACCUCGAAAAGGUGGCAUCAACAAGAUGCCUGCUUCUUGGCGCUGGGACGCUUGGCUGCUACGUUGCACGUACCCUCAUGGGGUGGGGUGUCCGUACGAUUACAUUUGUUGAUUCUGCCCGCGUAUCAUUCUCGAAUCCCGUCCGCCAACCCUUGUUUGAAUUUGAGGAUUGCCUCAACGGCGGCAAACCCAAGGCCGCUUGCGCUGCCGAACGCCUGACGAAAAUCUUCCCCGGUAUUAACGCCUCUGGCCAUGAUAUGUCGAUACCCAUGCCAGGUCACCCUAUACCCCCGGCGUCCACUGAGCAAGCGAAGAAAGAUGUCGAACGUCUAGAGAAGCUAUUUGAUGAACACGAUGUUGUCUUCCUCCUAAUGGACUCCAGAGAAAGUCGCUGGCUGCCAACCGUCUUGGGCGCUGCAAAGGGCAAGAUAGUUCUCAAUGCUGCCCUUGGGUUCGACACCUACCUCGUCAUGCGCCACGGCGCCCGAGCAUCUACGUCGACGGGCAAUCGACUGGGUUGCUAUUAUUGCAACGAUAUCGUCGCUCCUGCUGAUUCCUUGACGGACCGCACCCUUGAUCAAAUGUGCACGGUGACAAGACCAGGCCUUGCCUCGAUAGCAGCUUCCACAGCAGUCGAACUCCUUGUCUCUUUGUUACAACAUCCUGAUGGGCUUCAUGCACCCCCACCCCCUCCUCAAGCCAAUGGCACUGUCGCAGACCCUAGCACAUCGGGCAGUGUUCUGGGUCUUGUCCCCCACCAACUGCGUGGGUUCUUGGCACAGUUCAGGAACCUCCCGAUCACGGGUGCAGCGUACGACAAGUGCACGGGGUGCAGUGAGACUGUUCUCAAAGCCUACGAGGAGCAAGGCUUUGACAUGCUCUUGAAGGCAUUCAACGAGCCCAGAUACCUCGAGACGUUGACUGGACUGGACGAGCUGUAUAACGAAGGUGACGCGGCGCUGGAAAGCGUAGAUUGGGAUGAGGAGGACGAAUAGAUAAUUCUAACGACUGACGGAAGGCAGUGAACUUUUUUGUAAUUCUACGACUACCCAAUUAUUCAUGUACUGUCCUGUGUUGUCUUUAUGACGUUGCAAUGUGCAUAUAUACUAUAUACUACAU